AUGACAUCACGUACCAGAAAAUACAGGGUGUCUCAGCGAGAAGCGAGAGCUUUCACUCGCAAACGGGCUGUGGCAGCAUGCAGGGUCUGUCGCUCGCGAAAAAUCAAAUGCGACAAUGCUCAUUUCUCAAAAUUCGAUCCCGCCACCAUUGCAAUUCUCGAUCGCUUAACCGAAAUCCAACAGUCUCUUAAUUCCAUGACUCCUGAAGGGGUGACGGCAGCCCUGCCUCUGAAAGGUCCGCUAAAUCAGUACACGGCUGAAUUUAGCCCAAAAAUACCACAGAAUGUGUCCCUGAAGAUCCCUGCAGCCAGGAUAUGUCCUGAUGCAAUUUUGUCGUGGCCGAUUUUCCAAGAGGUUCGCUUGCAAACAACUUUAAAUAGUCUCAUUCUCGCGGACCACGAUUAUGGUCUCGAAGAAGUUGCCAACACCGAUGUCAAUUUGGCUCUCAUACCAGAUCUUAUUGACCGCUUCCUGCAGUUUGUGCACGUUAAGAAUCCCGUGGUGAAUACGGUCGUCCUACAUCAAUCGGCCGUCAGGGUCGAAGUGGGCAAGUCCUCUCGGAACGCUCAUUCCUGUUUAGUGGUGAGUAAAUGGAUCCCCUCUCCCCAGAAAGCCACGCUAAGAAUAUCAGGUCCACUUCGAUAUGAUGAUCGCUCGGCAGAAUGUGAUGACCACGCUGAAUCCCUUCAUGCUACAGGAGAGCAGUUCUAUCAGAAAGCGUUGGAGAGGCUCUCCCUACCCGGCGAUCGUAUUUUGACCACGCAAUGCUGGUUUCUUAGCGGUGUCUACCAGAUGUACAAGCUAAAUGCCGCUAGAGCAUGGAUGGACUUUUCUCGAGCCUCCGCCAUUCUGAGCCUCCACUUGCGACACAGGGAAGCAGCUGUGGGUAAAUACUCCAACGGGGGGCAUUUAGAACCGGCAGAGCUGGGCCUAUAUUGGACAUGCUGGAAUGACUUACGCGCGGAGCUCGACAUACCCGAUUCGAUUUUGUGUGAGUUCAACGUCUCGACCGAGUCGGAAGCUGUGCUGUCCGGGACACCAACAGACUCAGAAGACUUGUCACAUCUCUGGAAGUUGUCCACAUAUUACUACUUGUCUGAUGUGGCACUUAUGCGCGUAGAAGCGCAAAUUCUCAACUUUAUGUACAGCACUAAUGACUUGCAAUGGUCGCCUGCCAACCUAUCUUACAUGUGCCGGACAGCCGCGGAUCUCGAAUCCCAAAUAGAUCAGUGGUCCAGAAACCGACCAUCCAUAAUCCACUUCGAAGAAUGGGACUCGGCACCCAGGUUUGAGCUGACGUACAACCUGCAAGCACGGGUUCUGCAGCUGAGAUCGUGGCUCUAUCGGCCAUUUGUAUACUACGCAAUCCAUCAUGACGGCGGGCAUAUUAAUGAGAACGAGGAGGCUAAGAGGUUUAUGCGGAAAGCUAUCGAGUGCAGUUUCCAUAUGAUCAACUCCAAGGCGACGCAGCACCGGCAUCAUGGAACCUGGUUUGUCGCCCGUGGUGUACUCAGUUCAGCCCUGUUAAUCAUUGCAGCUGUCAAGGCGGACAAGGGACUCGUGGACUAUUUGGCAGAUUGGCCGGACUUGUUAGACCAGGCGAUAAGGUCUUUGACUCAUUGGGCUUCGGAGGCGCGGGAUCUGGCUUACGCGGCUGUUGUUCUUGCUAAUCUCAAGCAAAAGUUGUGUACUUAA